UCACCUCACCUCACCUCCACUUGUGGCGUGAUCAUGUUUAAAUGAUCCAGGUUGUUAGCAGACACCAAAACAUCACUGCUGACAUCUGCGCACGCAGAUCAAGGUCAUUCAGUCCUGCACACCACGUAUUGACACAGUUCUUUUUUGAAGUCGCUGCCUGUAAAAACCCAGUGAUGAACAAUGGACUCACGCUUGUGUUUGUGUUUGUAUGUAGUUUACAUACUGGAACUGCUCUGAAUUGUCUUGCUUGCGCUUCUGUGAGUGAAAGUUGUCGCCUUCAGACCACUGUGUGUCCCCCUGGUAAGGAUGUGUGUGUUGGGCUGUACGACCGGCUUCUUCCAGCCAGGAUGUUCGGUUGCAGUACCAGCAAGGCUUGCCAACAGCUCGUGCAGAGUCGGAGUUCCCAUGGCAACCUUUUCGUGUUCUGUUGUUCAAGAAAUCUCUGUAACUGGCACGCGUAAAAUGUGAUGAUAAAAAUAAUGUCGACA